AUGGCGGACGAUUUCCCUGAGAUGGAGCCGACGCUCCAGUCUAUAAUAGAUCAGAAAUCGUUGAAAUGGAUCUUUGUGGGUGGUAAAGGUGGUGUCGGCAAGACGAGCAACAGCUGUGCACUGGCAAUCCAAAUGGCGAAAGUCCGUGAAAGCGUUCUGCUCAUCAGCACGGAUCCAGCCCACAAUCUUAGCGAUGCCUUCAACCAGAAGUUCGGCAAGGAAGCACGACUCAUCAAUGGCUUUACAAACCUCUCUGCCAUCGAAGUCGAUCCCAACGGAAGCAUCCAAGAUCUACUCGAGUCCGGUGGCGACGCCGCGCAAGAUGCCGCGCAAGAAAUGGGGGGUUUGGGUGGGAUGAUGCAAGACCUCGCAUUCAAUAUUCCCGGUAUCGACGAAGCAUGCUCCUUUGCUGAGCUCCUCAAACAUGUCAAGAAACAGUCGUACGACCUAGUGAUCUGCGACACUGCACCCACCGGCCACACUCUUCGAUUUCUGCAGUUUCCCGGCGUAAUAGAGAAAGCCCUGGCGAAGCUGUCGCAGCUCUCGACACAAUUCGGACCCAUGCUGAACUCGAUCAUCGGAGCACGUGGAGGUCUACCCGGUGGUCAGUCAUUCGACGACCUCGUGGCGAAAAUGGAGGCCCUGCGCAAAACGAUCAGCGAGGUCAACACGCAAUUCCAAAAUCCGGAGCUCACCACCUUCGUUUGCGUGUGCAUCGCCGAGUUCCUCUCGCUUUACGAGACGGAGCGCCUGAUCCAAGAACUGUCAUCGUUCAACAUGGACACGCACGCCAUCGUGGUCAACCAGCUGCUCUUCCCGAAGACGGACAACCCCUGCGAGCAAUGCAACGCGCGGAGAAAGAUGCAGAAAAAGUAUCUCGAGCAGAUCGACGAGCUGUACGAUGAGUUCAAUGUCGUCAAGAUGCCGAUGCUGACGGAGGAGAUCCGAGGAAAAGAGAAACUAGAACAGUUCAGCGAAAUGCUAGUCACGCCGUAUCAGCCCCCUGAAUAA